AAGCAGUUGUGAAACAUGUGGAGUCCAGCAUUGAUUGCUCAGAGCGGCCUGUUGCUGCUGCUGUUCACCGGCAGCCAGGCACGCCUCUUGCCCGUUGACAAUGAGGAGCUCUGGGCGGCGGAUAUGAUUGAGGUGCCAGUGGAGGUGCCAAUGGAGGUGACCAACAGAGCGGCUGGCUGCUCCAUCAAGAUCCGUAGCACUGAGAUGAAGAACCCACAGCCGUUGCUGAUCAAGCCCGGCACCUCCGAAUUCUAUCCCUUCUCGGCAUCUGGCUACGUGGAUGUGGAGCAUGACAGGACCAUUGAGUUCCACUGCACCAGCAGCCUGGACUCUCCCCUCUCGGGCAAAUCCGUGACGGCCAGGUGCGUGGGCGGCACAACCUUCAGGAUCGGCGAUAGAAAUCACGAUAUAUCGGCCAUUAAGUGCACCUCCUGGCCCGCCUUUGUGGGCAGGAAGUCCGGCUCCAGCUGCAACGGCGGCACCACCCUCAUCAACGUGGGCUUCGAGCUGAGCGGCUCGCGCUUUGCCAAGCAGUACGAGGUGUGCUUCAAUGAGCACGAGGAGGUCACCCGCUACGUCUAUCACACCCUGGACGCGGGCAGCAACUACUAUGCCACCGGCGUGGAUCGCAUCAACUUUGCGCCCGGCGGCUUCUUCAAUGGCAAGAAUGUGGACAGGCUCUACACGCAGGCCGUGCAGAAGGAGACCAUCGACAAGGCUCUGAACAUGGAUUCGGGCAAGUACUUUGACUCGCAGAAGAACGUGUUCCUGGCGCGCGGACACAUGGGCGCCAAGGCCGACUUUGUCUAUCCACCCGAGCAGCGGGCCACCUUCCUGUUCAUCAAUGCGGCGCCCCAGUGGCAGACCUUCAAUGCGGGCAACUGGGCCAGAGUUGAGGACGGCGUGCGGGCCUAUGCAUCGAAGUACAAGAAGCACCUGGACUGCUGGACAGGUGUGUGGGGCGUCACCACGCUGCCCAACAGGGACGGCAGACAGACCGGCUUGUACCUGGCCUACGAUCACAAUGGCAACGGCUUGAUACCCGUGCCCAAGAUCUACUUCCGUGUGGUCAUCGAGCCCAGCACCCGCAAGGGCAUUGUCCUUGUGGGCGUCAACAAUCCGCACUUGAGUCUGGACGAGAUCAGACGGGACUACAUUCUGUGCAACGAUGUCAGCGACAGGAUCAACUGGAUCAGCUGGAAGCGCACCGACAUCUCGGCCGGCUACUCCUACGCCUGCGAGGUGCCCGAGUUCCGCCAGAAGGUGACCCACUUGCCACAGUUCUCUGUGAGCGGCCUGCUGGUGUAGAGACUAAAGAGAUUCAAUAAAAAUGCAUGCGAAUAGUAAAAAUUU